AUGCCCGAUGCCAUCCACAAACACAAGAAGCCCAUCACAGUUUCCCAAUUAGCCGACGCCCUGUCCAUCCCCAAUUCCAAAUCCCACGCCCUCUUCCGCCUCAUGCGCGUCCUCAUCCACUCCAACGUCUUCGGAGAGGCUGAAGAGGGCGCGUACGCCCUCACUGGGACCUCUCGUCUCCUUCUGCGAGACGAGCCCCUGAGCUUCUUCCCAUUCAUACUCACCACGACUGAUCCAGUCGCGGUGGGCACGUACCAUUCCAUGACCGAGCGGUUUUGGGACGAGUGCCCGACCCCGUUCGUGACAAAAUACGGGAGAAACGUGUGGGAGUUUGGGGCGGACGAGGCCGAGUGGAACCGGCUUUUUAACAAGGGGAUGACUAGUGAUUCGGAGCUUGUGGGAAAGAUACUCGUGAGGGAAUGCAAGCAUGUUUGUGAGGGUUUGGAGAGAGUGGUGGAUGUUGCCGAGGGCCGCGGCGCCAUGGCGAAGGCGGUGGCGGCCGUGUUUCCCGGCGUGAGGUUUGUGGUGCUUGAUCUUCCGCAAGUGGUGGAUGGGCUUGAAGGAGCUGAGAAUGUGAGCUUUGUGAGCGGAGAUAUGUUCAAGUUUACUGUUUGUUCCUUCUGCUGA